AUGGCCAAACACUUUCUAUUUUCCUUCUGCUGGCUGCUCUUCACGACGGCGUGUUUAGCACAUCACUCUGAAUUAGACAGGUUCAACAAAUGCCAGCUUGACAGUAUCAAUGCAUUGGAACCAGAUCACCGUGUUGAGUCACAAGCUGGUCUCACUGAAACAUGGAACCCCAAUCACCCUGAGUUACAAUGUGCUGGUGUAUCUCUUAUCCGACGCACCAUUGAUCCUAAUGGCCUUCACUUGCCUUCCUAUUCACCAUCUCCACAGCUGAUUUUCAUCAUCCAAGGGAAGGGAGUACUUGGCCUUGCAGUUCCUGGUUGUCCUGAAACUUACGAAGAACCACGCUCACAAUCUAGACAGCAGCAACAACAACGUGACAGCCACCAGAAGAUUCGGCGCUUCUCUAAAGGUGAUGUCAUUGCCAUUCCACCUGGAAUUCCUUACUGGACCUAUAACUAUGGUGAUGAACCUCUUGUUGCCAUUAGUCUUCUCGACACUUCCAACACUCUAAACCAGCUCGAUUCAACCCCCAGAGUAUUUUACCUUGGCGGAAACCUUCCAGAGGCAGAGUUCCCCGAAACACAGGAACAACAUCGACAAAGGCACAGUUCCCCUAUUGGACGUAGAGGUGGACAGCAACAACAAGAGGAGGAAUCCGAGGAACAAAACAAAGGGAAGAGCGUGUUGAGUGGCUUCAGCGCAGAGUUUUUAGCACAUUCACUCGACACCAAGGAGGAAACAGCCAAGAAACUUCAAUCUCCACGGGACCAAAGGGGAGAAGAGGAAGAAGAACGAGAACAAAGACACCACAAAGAUAGUGAAAGAGAAGACGAGGAUGAGGAUGAGAAAGAAGAACAAGAACAAAGACACGGCAAACAUAGCAAAAAAGAAGAGGAGGAUGAGGAUGAACCUCGCAGCCAUGAGAGUCGAAAGUGGAAAAAACACACCGAAGAGAAGAAACGAGAAUCACACGGACGAGGAGGAGAAAAACAAGAGCAAGAAAAGAAAGAGGAGGAAGAGGAAGAAAUACAACGUCAACACAGCAAAGGAGGAAAGAAUGGUUUGGAAGAAACUAUUUGCAGUUCAAAGAUUCGUGAAAACAUCGCUCGCCCUUCACGUGCUGAUCUCUACAACCCGCGUGUUGGUCGCAUCAGCACUGUCAACAGUUUAACCCUCCCAAUCCUCCGCAAAUUACGCUUCAGUGCAGAAUAUGUUCUUCUCUACCGGGGUAUGCAUAGUACUAAUUAUUUAACCAAGAAUGGUAUAUAUGCUCCACACUGGAACAAUAACGCAAACAGCCUCUUGUACGUGAUUAGAGGACAAGGAAGAGUUAGAAUAGUGAACAGUCAAGGAAAUCCAGUGUUCGACGACAAGGUGAGAAAGGGACAAUUGGUGGUGGUGCCACAAAAUUUCGUGGUGGCCCAACAAGCCGGGAAUGAAGAAGGACUUGAGUAUGUGGUCUUCAAGACAAAUGAUAGAGCUGCUGUUAGCCAUGUGAAACAAGUGUUUAGGGCGUCUCCUGCUGAGGUUCUUGCAAAUGCUUUCGGACUUCGAAAGAGUGAGGUUGCUCAAAUUAAGUAUAAUGGAAAUCGUGGCCCAUUGGUUCAGCCUCAAUCUCAACCACAAUCUCUGUAA